GGCUGCCAUCGCGACUUUCAGUGACCCCAAAGUUGUGGAAAGUAUUUGCAUAAAACAAGACUAUGUGAUGCGGACCAUUCCUGUCAAGAUGUAUCCGUACCAUGAGUCCCUGGGCUCCGCCCUGUACGGCAAAGAGCGACCAACAUGGAAGAUGCCCGAGCCCUUCACAGAGAGCGUUCACCACGUUGUCUGGAAAUUCCUUCUGAUGAAGAAGCUGUUAAAAAGCAUCAACGAUCAGAUGAGUCCGUUCUUCUGCAGCGUGGACUUGGAUAACCCAGAGGUGAAACUCAGCCCUCUCCCGAGCUUUUUGAGGCAGAAAGGUCUGACCUCCAAACACGUCGAUAAUUGGAUGAGUACCGCCCAAAAGGCCUUCCGUGAGCAAAUGUCCCAGUACACGGCCUUUGAAUGUCCAGCAAACGCACAUGCAUGGAAAGUUGCAGAAAAAGACGUCCGUUCUGUUAUCAGGGAAAACGCCAUCCCCGUUCUGGAUGCAUCCAGGGGGAUUUUGACCUUGGCUGGUGGAGCUGACGAUAUAAAACAAAUCAAAGCCCCUGUGGAGAACAUUGUUCUUAAAGCCAUGGAUCAGAUUAAACGGCAGACAGACAGUGUCUCUGAGAUAAUGAAUAUGUCCCCGGUGAUGUUCUACAUCCUGCAGCAGGAGGGCUUCCAGAAAGCUGCCCAGGACAUUUCUCCUGACAUGAAACUCUCCUUUGAUGAAGGAACCCAGAAAUUAACCAUUACAGGACUCCCUGCAGAGGUUUUCCAGACCAAGGCAUGGAUCUUGGAGAAGAAUGUGGGUAUGAGUAAAAAGCAGCUGAAUUUUCCUGCCCUUAAAUUUCCCCUUAAUUCCACUAAAUGAACCCUAAAAUGUCAUAAGUGUCUUGUUUCAUCUCUUAAUUGUAUCUAGGCUGUUUCAGACCAACUUCCCCAAAAUUCAGCCGCACAGAUUUGUAAUAAAGUUUUGUCAAACAUCAGCUGGAGUUUAUGAAGCUUUAACAAACAACAUCCAGGAUAAAAAUGAUCAAAUAUCUAUCGAGAGAAAGUUAAAGUCGUAACAAGGUUUCCAUUGGUGAACAUGAGGAGGGAUAAUUUGAACAGCACACUAAUCCAUGUUAAAACAAGUUGGCAGCCAUGUCUGCCAAGUCAGUCUGCAGCUGAUCUGACACCAAAGUGGACAAGGUCCAAAACCUGAUCACAUUUUAUGGUUGAAACUUAAUUUAUGAUUAUUAAUGUUUGUAGUUUAAUAUGACGACAAAUUUGACCAAUUUUGAAAUUCA